GGAGGGAGCCGGGGGGCGCGUAUGCUGCUUCAUCUACGGCAGCAGGCGGCCCGGGCCUGCGCACCCAGAUUAGCGAUCUCAGCAAAAGCACAACAACAAGAAACCUUUACAAACGGCGGGCUUGUGCGUUAUCAUUUUGAAAUAAAUCGUAUUGUUUCACGACAACAAAAACGAAAUAAAUUCUGACGCGCCCGCGGUUGUUGUAAAACGUCACGCAACGCCGUUGGUACCAAUAGGAAUAAUUUGGUGUGUGUUGUUGUUGUUAGCACUAAUUGUAAUUCGUGUUGCCAAAUCAUCAAUAAUUGUAUGGGAAGGCUGUUUGUUAAUACGUAUGUCCGCAGUGGUGAGGCAACGAUGGGUUGCAAUUCACAUUAAAGGCGCUGGUCUCUUAGUAUGGUCACACACUUACAGGGACUGUAGCCUUCUUUCUCAGUUCAGGUUCAUAAGGACAAGUGUGUAUUUGUCGAUUUUAGGUACGGGUAAGAUUUAAGAUUAUUUGUAAUGAAUGAGGGAUACUGAGCUGGGGCCUUCUAGUGUACAUGGAAUUGAUCAGAUCACGUUUCUGUAGCACUGUGGGUAUAAACAAUCUCAAGCACUGUAAUAUUGCCCCAGCAGACGAUGGGUAAGGAUUACUGCAUCUGGCGCUGCUGUCCCGGCCAAACAACAAUGUAUACUAUUUAAACCAUGGAGAGUCUGGGACUUCAAGCAGUGACGCUCAGUGACGGCUCCAACUCAUUCAUCCAGCAAGCUAUCAAAGAUGGGAAGCUGAUUGAAGGAGACACCAUCCAGUUAGAGGACGGUACCACUGCCUACAUCCAGCAGGUCACCGUGCAGCAGAAAGACUAUACCCCAUUCGAGGAUGGCCAGGCAGUACAGCUGGAAGACGGCAGCACUGCCUACAUUCACCACAUGCUCAAAGAGGGCUAUGACCCCAGCACGGUGGAGGCAGUGCAGCUGGAGGAUGGCAGCACUGCGUACAUCCACCACCCCUCCGGCAUGCAGGCCAGCAACACGAUCCUGACUGUGCACACUGAGGGGGGGCUGGAGGAGGGCACCAUCGACCCAGAGACCAUCACCACCCUGGAGCAGUUCGCCAGCAAGAUGUCCGAGUCGGAUAUGGUGGAGGACAAUGCUCCCAGCAGCACCGGGCUUCAGCAGAGCGACUCUGCAGAGGAUCCCAGCGCUAUCGAGGUGCUGUUCAAGGAGUCGCGGAGCUCAGGGAAGUCUCAGCAAAGCGGGGAGAAGUCGCAUCGCUGUCAAUACGAGGGCUGCGGCCGGCUCUACACCACAGCUCACCAUUUAAAGGUUCAUGAAAGAGCUCACACAGGUGACCGGCCGUACAGGUGUGAUGUGUCGAGCUGCGGGAAGGCCUUCGCUACGGGGUAUGGCUUGAAGAGCCACAUCCGCACACACACUGGAGAGAAACCGUACAAGUGUCCUGAAGACAUGUGCACCAAGGCCUUCAAGACAUCGGGGGACCUGCAGAAACACGUGCGCAUACACACAGGCGAGCGGCCGUUCCAGUGUCCGUUCGAGGGCUGUGGCCGCUCCUUCACCACCUCCAACAUCCGCAAGGUGCACAUCCGCACCCACACCGGGGAGCGGCCCUACAUGUGCGAGGAGCAGGGCUGCGGGAGGGGCUUCGCCAGCGCCACCAACUUCAAGAACCACAUGAGGAUACACACAGGUGAAAAACCUUAUGUGUGCACUGUGCCAGGCUGUGGAAAGCGCUUCACGGAGUACUCCAGUCUGUACAAACACCACGUGGUGCACACGCACUGCAAACCCUACACCUGCAACCACUGCGGGAAGACGUACCGGCAGACCUCCACCCUCGCCAUGCACAAGCGCACCGCGCACGGCGACUUCGAGGCCACAGAGGAGGCAGAGCAGCGCCACUCCGAUGACGGAGGGGAUCAGGAGCCUGUUCCGAAACGGCAGCGCAUCGCCUUCCUGACUGAGGGGGAUGGGGGAGGGGCCCCACAGGUUGCCAUGGUAGCGCGGGACGUCAUAGAGUCACAGGUCGCGCUGAUCACUCAAGACGGGACACAGCAGGUGAGCCUAUCCCACGAGGACUUGCAAGCGCUGGGGUCAGCCAUCACCAUGGUAACACAGGACGGCAGAACAAUUGCAGUCCCUGCCAACCAGGGUGACAUCACUGGGUCUGGCACCCACACAGUUACUAUGGUGACGGCGGAUGGAAUGGAGGCCCAGUCGGUGGCCAUUGUAACAGAAGGGAUGAUGGUUGGAGAUUCACAUGUAGCAGCUCAGCAUUACCAACAGGUGGCGCUGUUGGCCACAGCAAACGGCACCCAGAUAGCAGUACAGCUGGAGGAGCAGCAGACGCUGGAGGAAGCCAUCAGCAUGGCCACAGCAGCCAUUCAGCAGGGCAGCAUGUCUCAGGACGAGGUGGUGGCUGACGGAGGCUGCUGAGGAGCUCUCUCUCUCUCUCUCUCUCUCUCAGACCGGGAGGAAACAGAAACAAAACGGAUGUGAAGAAACUGGAACCGGAGGUGCAGAGUCAGGGUGCGCUGCCAGCUUUUAAAAACAUGUCGUCUUCUUCUUCAUGGCAUUGCCACUUUGAGUCCAAAAGGUAUUGCUUUUACUUUAUUAAAAAAUAAAACAAACACUGCCGGCUGUUUCGCCGCCUUGUUCGUUAAGGGGAAUGCAACUUGUCACCCCACCCCACCCGUUCUACAAAUCCCAGCACCUUUCUGGGGCAGAAAGGUUUGACAGCUCGGCUUCUCCCCCAGUGAGCUCAAUGGGAAACUAAGGAGCUUUCAGAUGUAGAAGAGCCACCAGGAUAAUGCAGGCUUUUCUUCUUGCUGUGUUUUUUUCAGAUUUUAUUUUUCUUGCUCUCUUUUUCCUUUGGAUUUCUGGAAAGACUGCCAGCAAGGAUAUACAUGUACAUAAGACUAGUGCCCUCUCACGUUGGAGGAGGCUGAUGCGCUCCGAUGGUCCGUGCCAUCUCUCUAGACUCGAAGCGCAGCAAGGUACUCCCCUCCUAACAGAUUUUAACAGCUGGAGCACCCUGCUUUCCUGAUCUCCGAGUCCAGCGAAAGACGCUGCCCGUGUCUUUUUCGACUGUACCAAAGGUUUUGUUAAACCAGCAAUAAAUCUAUUGUUUUUUUAUGGUGCACAUAAAAGCCAGCUCCACACACCCGCUCAGUUGGUUGUAAUUGUUUUAUACAAGUCAUAAAAAAUACUGGUUAAAACCAAAACUAAAACUAGUUUUGCUAGAGAAGCUGUGAUGUUUUGAGUUUGUGUCUCCACGCGGACCCCUUUCCCAGAGCGUUGUGACAGGCGGUGUACCGUUUGUCUCAGGUGAUAGGAAUUUUUUGUUUAAUGAAACUUUGUAAGUAAGAGAGAGAGAGGAGUCAACAUGUACUGAUUUCUUUUUUAUAUACUGAAAUUGUUUUCUAGAUUUUUUUUUCUGCUUUAAAAAUGUGUAUGGAGGGACUUUAAAUAAAAAUGUGUUUAAAAGGCACCCUUAAGCUUGUUUAUUUCAUUGCGUGUCUCUCUUAUAAUAAACUCCUUGAUUAAAAAAAAUAAACACAAUAAAAUCGUCUGUGUUUGAUCAGACAUCUCCGUAAAGUAGGGUAAGUCCAGUAUUCAAAACAGCAAGUAGCAAAUCACACAGGGAAAAAAGUAAUGUUUUAAUGGGGCUACCAUUGCUUGUCCUGAGCUAGUCUGUCCUGUGUAUUUGUAACAGAUGGCGGUGGUUACUUUUAAUUGCCAGCUCAUGGAAAAUUAAAUGUGAACAGGUUUGACAAACCCAACAGCGAAGGGUAAUGCCAGCGUAUUGGCCUCUGCGUAGUGUCUGAGCAAUUACUCCUGUCAGUUUAAUGGGACCCCUGCCAGGUUCAUGCAGAACAUCCUGAAGCCCUUAUCAGAGAGACCGGCUGUGAAACAUGCAACAAACCUUAUGAUCGGUGGUUCAGCUUUACUCGGUUGCUUUAUUUGAAAACCUUUUAUUCUCUUGCUGAAAUGGCAUCUGGCGGUAAGGCUGCACAGCAAUAAAAACGAGAUGCUUUUAGUUUUUUAAUGUGCAGUCUUUCUCUAGUCUGUGAACCGAAUCUCAUUUAAAUCUGUUACUGAUUUUUCUUUUAGUAUUUCUAAAUGUAUCGCUAGUGCGUGUUUCUCUAGUUCUGGAUGAAGUGACUGCGCUAAACAGAACACACAGUUCUGGUAAGGAGUUCAAAGUAGACUGCGGCUCUUAGUUCUGUGAAGGGUGCGGUAAAGGCUUGCUUGGGAUUGUGUAAACCUCCAUCGGGCCAGUUUACACAAUGCGCUUGUAAUUACUUGGGAUGAUUUCAGUCCUAAUGAGAACAAAGGCCUGUCAGAGAGGACUUGGUGGUUGAAUACAAAUUAACUUUUAAACAUUAAAAUGCCAUAAUUCAUCAAGGCAAAAGCAGCUGCUUCUAAUUUCGCGCUGUUGUUCAGUUUACACAUGACAGCUAAGCUGAAACAGCUGUCUUAUUAAAUGAUAGCGUUUUAUACGUUGUUGUUUUAUCCUCUUGUUUGCUUAUGCAAGGUAAUGAUGCAGCAACAGGCACUUCUCCUUUGAGAAAUUCAUUUGUUUGUGCCUGCACAUUGCUGCAGUACCCCUGUCUUGGCUUGGCAGAAAGAUAACUCCCAUUUUAGUUUAAGGAUCCAUCAAUGCAACUCUGUCCACAUGUUGCUAAAGGUGUUAUUCAGGUAUCAAGUUCUACAGUAGAUUACUUUUCAGUUAUGAGUUAUUGACAUAGUCCCCUUUUUCUUUGCAGAUUGCUAAAGAUCAAUGUUAAUCUGGGCUUUUUAUUUUUUAUACCAGACAAAAGUUAAUUGACUUUUCUUUUCUGCUAAUGCCUGAAAAUACUUCUCUGCAGAGUUUAGCAGCGUGAGAUCAGAUUAAUAUAAAAGCACAGAUGGAAAUCACAGUGUGCUGUACCUCCUACUGUUGCAACAAAAUACAGUAAACUGCACCAUGAGCCAUUGGGGUAAGUGAACACGAGUCUCCACUGUUCUUCCAGUGGUGGUUGGUUUUAUUUUGUUUGAUUCCUCUGUUCUUGAACACGGUAUGACUACAGCAUGUUAUGUUUUUAACACCUUUAGAGAUACUGAAUAUUCACAGCAGGUGUAAAAGUGUCGUCUUUGCCGAGUUUGGCUUGAAUCGUACUGUGAGUCUAGCCGCGGUUUAAAAGUGAAUAAAAAGUUAUUCUGACCUCUUAA